GUUGUGUUAGGGUCCGUUUGGUGAAUUUUGGAGGAAUAAUAUGAUAUGGGGUUCUGAAAUCUGAAAAAAAUAUGGACUUUGAAAUCUGAAAUGAAAGUGUGUGGAGAAAUAAAAAAGGAACUGAAGUAUACAGUUCCAUUUUCAGGAACUGUUGCAUGGGAACUGAGGCUUGAAUUUCAUUUUUCCGGCCAACUUAUGUAAUAUUUUCAAUAAUUAAUUCUUUUGUCGUGUAGUUUUAAAAGUACAUUAAGGAUAUUUUAAUUGCUGGCUAAAUCCAUUGCUUAAUUUCAUCUGGGGAAGAUAUAUUGUUCAAUGUUUUCAAGUAUGGGAAUGUGAACCUAAUUCUUUUAUGAAAAGAAUUAAGAGUACAGAGUUGCUUGUCUAACUAGACAUCGACUAUGGAGUUUUGACUAUAAAAUGGUUAGUGUUGAGAAAAAAGAAGAAAAAACAAGAAAAGAAAGUGAGAAGAUAAUCUAAAGCAACCACACCACCUCCAUCUCUCAAUCUUUCCUAGUUUGCUCAUCACUAUGCCACCAUCUCACUCAAGGCCUUAACCCAGCAUUGCUGCUGCAUCACUACCUCACCAUCAGCAUCAUCCACCCUUGCUGAAGCGAGCAGAUAGGUUCCAUAACUUCAGUACUUGUGUAGGCUGAUUGAAAGUGGUGACUGGUGAUACUGGAACGAUAGUUAUACCGAAUCAAAGAGUUGAAAGAGCAAUCAGGUCUGUACGAGACAUGCUUCGUCUUGAUAUCACAAUGGCUGCUUCCUGAAGAGAGGGAGGGCACUUACAGAGGGAAUGCUGCUCUCACACAUAUAUCAAAAUACAGUUGAUUUUGUCCCAAAUUUUGACAAUUCACAAAAAGAACCAUGUCUACUCCCUGCUAGAAUCCCGAAUCUGCUUUUGAAUGGUGCCUCUGGAAUUGCGGUGUGCAUGGCCAGAAAUAUCCCUCCACACAAUCUUGGAGAGCUUGUUGAUGCAAUGUCUUCCUAUAAUCAUAACCCAGAAGUAACAGGAAAAAUGAAUUCAGUUAUUUUACAUUGCUAUGUUGAGAUUACUUCUCAUUGCCAUUUUGAGAUCUGUUAUUUCACAUUGCCAUUUCGAAAGUACUUUUAUUCUGUUGGAGGUUCCUUUUCUGUUUUUUCUUUGACUAUUUCUAUGCAAUCAUUUGCAAUCUAGCAGUCUCUUUUUUUCCCCCAAAAAAGAAAAGCAGAUGUGUUUUUUGCAUUAUUAAUCCAGAUCCAACUGGGAGCUUUAUCUCGUAGUGGUCUUGAUUUUUAACCCAAAACAUUCAUUCCCAACCUUGGACUUACAACUAUAUGACAUUUUGACAAAACAACUUGAUGUCAAGUAGGUUUUCUGUGCCACAUAACAUGAUAUUUUAAACCUACAUUCAUUUAGUGCAGUCAGGCCUGAAAGCUAAAAUAUCACUCUCAAAAGAUCUAAUGAUGCAUAUUCACCUGUUCAUGUACAACUUCUGACUAUUGUGCAAAACUAAUCUGCAAGAACUACUCGAGCACAUGCCUGGACCUGACUUCCCUACAGGAGGAAUCAUAAUGGGCAGCAUUGGGGAAGUUAGCAUCAUCUCCUUUUACAUCCCUCACCAUCCUCUCGCCUAACGAGGAGAAAAAAUAUUAAAGCAUCUUGGAAGCGUAACGGACUGGAAGAUGACGCAUCGUAGUAAGAGGGAAGACUGAUAUUGAACUUCUUGAUUUUAAAACUAAGCGUACUGUAAUUAUAAUUAAGGAGGUUUCAUUUCCUUUCCCUCUGAACUAUACUGGGAUUUGGAUGUUUGCUCUCUUCUCAUGGAUAUUAUUGGGUUGAAUAAAUUAAUUUGUUUUUU